AUGGUAAGAGAAGAGAUCCAUCUGAGGCGAGACGUGAGAAAAUCGUCUAAAGUAAAAAAUUCCUCUGAGGGUUGUGGUUUACUUUACUUUCCUCCCAUAAUACAACACGAAAUACGUUUGGCCAUGAACUCAUGCCGUUACAAAUUGCAUGUUGAGUGUAGAGGGAAGGAUUUCAAAGCGUUUCAAACAAGCCGUGAAUAG